CUACCUAAAAGUAGAGCAAAUCAGCCCCUCCACUUGACAAAACCGGCAAAUCAGCCCUUCUGCUGACGAUGACCUCAUCAAAUGUCAUCUUUCCGUCCACAUCCUUGUUACUCCGUUACCAAAAAGUGGCUUGGUCAUCUUUCCGUCCACAUCCUUGUUACUCCGUUACCAAAAAGUGGCUUGGUGCUGAUAUGACAUUGAGUGAGUGAUGUGGUCAAUUUAAAUUCCAAAAUUACUAAAGAGUCCUUAUCUACUUCCUUUUCUUCUAUUCAUCUUCUCUCUCCUUCUUCACAGUCUCUCUCUUCGUAUUGCAGAUUUACUCUUUUUUUUUUUUCAAUAGUUUAAAUUGAAAUUUUUUUCAGAUAAAUCUAAAUUACAAAAAUUAUUUAAAAACCCUCAAAAUAUGAAAAUAUAAAAGUUAAAAAAAAUUUCAAAAUUAAAAUAAAAACUUGUGGCUUUGUUGACAUCAAGUAAUUUGCUCAUUAAGUUUCCAUUUCCAAUAACCCAAAAUCUACCUCACUUUAUUUUAAAUAAAAAUACAUGUAAUAUUUGUUUAUUUUAAAAACUAUCUCAAAAAUAGAUUUAUAUAUUUUUAAUAAAAAUACAAACUUAAA